ACACAGGAAGGACAGCUUCUUCUAGCUCCCGCCUUAGAUCCAGAGCCUAGCAGAGCUCUGCCCAGAGGUUGCAUCUGACUGAAACAAGGAGGAGCGGAGGGGAAGUCAGUUACAGCUUCUGAUAACAUCAUUUGGCGCCUUGGGUUGAGUAUCUACGGCUGUAUCAUUCACCAAGCUGUCGCACUGUUUACAAUAGAAGUAAAAAUACAGGCAUACAUUCUGCUCAUAGCCUGAAUCUACAGAGAUGUCAUCAAGACUAAAUCCAACUGAUGCAAUGAAGAGUCCACUUGGGGAGAUAUUGCUAAAGGCAUUGGAAGAGCUAGAUUCUGGAGAGCUUAAAAAAUGUAAAUUCAUCCUAAAGAAUAGAGAUCUGAUAACCAAGAAGGAAAGCCAAGCUGAUCUAAUUGACUUAUCUGACUAUAUGGUAGAAAGGUUUGGUGCUUUGAUUGCUCUGAACAAGAUUAUUAAAGUAUUUAAGGACAUGAACCUUAAUGAAGCCGCUCAGACCCUUCAAAAACAAAAAGCUGAAGUUGAGAUGAAAUACAAAAAGAAAAAAGAGAAGAAACCAGUGACAAAAAACAAACAGGCUCAAAUGAGAACAACAUCUUCUAAUAGCAAAAAUGCCGACAACCCUCAGGUGAUGAAGAAAGAUGACCUGAAACCCAACAAUGAGUCAAAGAAGAAUCCUAUUGCUGGGAAAAGAAAAGCAACAACUGAAAAGAUGCCAGAGAGCAAGAAAAUUAAGACAUCCCAGGAAUCCUCCCAGAAAACAGAACCAGAAGCUGGAAGAGAAGAUUGUGCCCAGACUACGCCUAUCGUAGUGAAGGUGCUCAAAGUGGGCGAGACAUUUGAAUACGAUACCAAAGAAGGGAAGAAAGAGAUGUUUCAUGCUACUGUGGCAAAUGAGCAUGAAUUUAUCCGGGUGAAGGUUUUCAACAUGGGUGUCAAGGAACACAUCAACAAAAAUAACGUCAUUGAGAUAUCAAAAGGUUUUUGGAGCAAAGGUUUCCUAGAAAUAAACAGAUACUCCAGAGUACAAGAUAUGAGUAAUAAAGAAGAGAUCACAGUCCCCAAAAACAUCAAAAGAAGAGCAGGUAAAACGACAAAUAUCAAAAUGAUUAAAAAACAAAAACAAGGAAGCUAUGUGGAUGGUGUCUAUGAGAUCAAUAAGAAAACCGAGUCGGAGAAAUGUACAUUCUUUGAAGUGAAGGACAAGACAGGAAAAAUCAAAGUGGUGACAUUUGGCAAAUGGGCCAAACUAAACUGUGAGAUAGGAGACAAACUUCAGCUCACCUGCUUUGAGUUUUCUUUUUGGGGUGAAGUGCAACUGAAAUCUGUAACUCAUAGUUUCAUCAAGGUCAUCAAGGCUAAGAGAAAUUAGAAAGACAAGUCAAGAGAGACCAGCUUGCCCCCUUCCAGACAACUGGACCUUUCAGAUGAUAUCAGGUGCUACUGCUGCAAACACAAGAGCUCAACAAAUAUUUUUUAAUAACAAUCUGAAUAUGAAGCAUGGGGCAGGGCCGCAGUUUGAUUCUAUCUCCAGCACUUAGUUGUAUAAACUUGGACAAGUUAUAUCAUUUUUAAUGUCAGAGUUUUUUAAUUGAGGAACAUUUUAUCUUCUCUGCCUCCCUUCCUCCCCACCCCACCCCCAC